AUGUAUCGCGCCACCGUAAGAAACAAAUCCUUCGUUCGCUCGCCGGCGCCCGCCCGAACCGGCUCGUGCCAGGCAGCGAAACAAUUGCUGCGGGGUGAUGCAGAGUGGUGGCGACGGUGUCGAUUGUGGAGAUCCUCGCUAUCCGAAGGGCCCGGCUUGGAACUACGUGAAGGCGUUUAUGUUGAACGAAGACACCUGGCUGUCUGCCUUCAGCGCAAGCUGGAAGGUGGCCACGGAGAAUGGCUUUCAAGGAUUGAAGCGCCUCCGUUGAUCAACGAGCGCUGUGAGCCAGACGUGUUGUUCUUUUUUGGCGCCUGGACAGCCGUGCUGUAG